UUUGGGAUUGACCCAGACCUCGGCUGUGAGGCCUGGACGCCUCUUUGUUCUUCCUUGCGAUUGUUCAUCAUCUUCCUCACAGGCGUUCCACUGCUGUCCAGACGCAGACGGAUUUGGAUGACGGUGUAGGCAGAGAAGAUGGACAGUCCCACCAACGGCCAAAAGAACCCACAAACCUGGGGGAGGAAGUACAGCCAGGAUGCUCCUCAGAAGCAAGGAGGUUCACGUGAGGACGGUCAUCCGGAAGCCCAGGUUUGCCCCGGAGCACGCCGCCAGGAGGAGGCUGGCCUGGGACCCUUCCCGGUUACCGCGGAGUGGCCGUGGCGGGAAGGACAGAAGGAGUCGGGUGACUUUUAAGUACGACGGCGCCACCAUCGUGCCCGGGGACCAGGGAGCGGAGUAUGGCGACUUCAUCCAGCAGUGCACAGAUGACGUCCGGCUCUUCGCCUUCGUGCGCUUCACCACCGGGGAUGCCAUGAGCAAGAGGUCCAAGUUCGCCCUCAUCACGUGGAUCGGCGAGAAUGUCAGCGGGCUGCAGCGGGCCAAGACGGGCACGGACAAGACCCUGGUGAAGGAGGUGGUGCAGAACUUUGCCAAGGAGUUUGUCAUCAGCGACCGCAAGGAGCUGGAGGAAGACUUCAUCAAGAACGAGCUGAAGAAGGCGGGGGGCGCCAAUUACGAUGCUCAGACAGAAUAACCCCUGCCCGCCCCGCCCCUGGCCAGAGUCACCUGCCUGCUCCCCCGGGGGAGGGACCCCGGCCCUGCGACCAGCCCACCAGCUCCCCAGGGAGAAGAGGAGCGAUGAGAGGCGCCGCCACCCACCCCUGCGUCUGCAGCCCGGUCCCUUUCCCUGCCUCCCUCCCCACCCUGUUAGCUGUCUCUCCUGAUGCUCAUGGGCCGUCUUUCUUUAACUUCCUCCUCGCCCCGUUCUUUUCUGUUCUAAGGAAAAAAUCGUUCUGAUACUCAGUUCGUGCACAUCAUCAGGUUUUAGGUCCCUCCUGUAGUGAUUGAUCCCUUUCCUUGACAUCCUUGCCUGGCCUGAUCCAGCGUGACCCCAGGUUGCUAAUGGAACCUGGGCUGCUAUCUUGGUCUUCCGGAAAGCCCUCCUGUUUCCUCAUGAGGAGGCAGCUGCCCCGGAGCAGUUGGUCCGCUUCAGCCUUCACAGAACACACUCCGAGCCUGGCGCGCACCUCCUAGAAUGUGUUUCAGGGUCCCUCGCCGCUGGGCCGCCAUCUUUGUUUUCUGGAACGUUCUCCUGUCUAUUCAGAAGCUGGUCCACUUCAGCCUUCAUCAGAACACGCACAUAUCCUGGCUCGGACCGCCUAGAAUGUGUCCCGGGGCCCCUCACCCCCAUCCCUAUCAGAGUGGCCCAAGUGACAUGUCCAACUGAGAUGGGGACAGUCUAGGUCUGGCUCAGACCAAAUCAGAGGAAAGAAAAUUUGCCUUAAUCCUUGGCUGGGCAGGCAGGGGCUUUGCCAGGUGGUCUGGCCCCGCCUCUCCUGAUUGAGAUCUCAUGUGGCAGGAAGGUGGGGGUGGAGGUCUGGGGCCCUCCAUCAGACAGGAAGAGGUGAACUUCAAGCUUAACUCUGUUUCCCAACAGUGGGAACAGAAGCUCAGGUGGGGAAUGGGAAUUGAUGAGCAACUGGGAACCGAGCUUUACCCCCAGCGGGGACCCUCUGUAGAGGCGGGGACCCCCGGCCCCUGGGUCUCACCUGUUCUUCGGCGGAGUCUAGAGCGGAAGCCCCCGCUGCUGCCCUGUCAUCAUCUGCUGCUCACACUCAGAGGGUUAGUUUUUUUUUGCUUUUAAAGAAGAAAGAAAGAUGAGACUGGCUUGGUUCUUCAUGAGCAUAUUUCAUUCACCCCUUCUUUUUCUUUUUCCCUUGGCUCAUUCCACCCGGGCACGGACGUCUGUACUGUAUUGGGGUGUGAAGAGCACCCACGUGCAAACAGUUUACAGAAAUAAAUGUGGUUGUUUUUGUUUUGUUUUUCAAAAAGCA